UCGCCGAUCGGAAUUCAUUUCCCUUAUCAAUGUUUAGAACGUCUUUCGUCGGUAAUUUUAGCCUUCUAAGUUUCCUCUAAUAACCCUGUCGACGAGAUCCCGAGGUUCUCCGAGUUAACGCGCUAUUCACUCCUGCAUCGGCGUUCCAUAACCGAACGAUCGUGAAUAUUACUCAAAAAGUUGAUCAAUUCGGUGCGCUAAUCGAUAAGCCGACUUUCUAAAGAGUCAAAACCCAAUUCUAAGCUUCCCUUUGUCCGCGCCCUCACUAUUACCGAGACGCCCACCUUAAACGUCGCAAAUCGACCACGCCAAAAAUGUCGACCUCUACGACUGUGAAGGAGGCGGUUAAGGAGAGCCUUCUUGGCUCUGAGGAGCCUACUAAGCUAUCUUCCUCGCAUCGCGCCUCAUUUUUGAACAAUGCAACGAAAGAUGAGCAGACAGGAGAGCUUUACAUGGGACCAGAUGAAUUUAUUUCUGCCAUUGCGCCGCCCGGUGAAGAUUAUCACAAGAUCAGCCGUGACCAGUAUGGUCUCCUCUUUCGUGUAGCUGACCGUCGAGGUACCGGUAAAAUAUCAAUUGGUGACUGGGCAGCCUUCGAGAACCUCCUAACGAAACCCGAUGCCGAGUACGAGAUCGCAUUCCGCCUUUUUGACAUAAGUCGUACCGGAAAUGUCAAGUACGAUGACUUUAGACAACUCUAUGAGCAGAACAAGGGACCCGACAGCAUUCCCUUCGACUGGGAUUGCGAAUGGGCGAAGCUGUACAUUGGGGAUAAGUACAAGAGACAUGUCCUCUCUUACCCGGAGUUCUCGCAGAUGCUCCGUGGUCUUCAGGGCGAGAGAAUCAGACAAGCCUUCCAACGAUUCGAUAGGGACAAGGACGGCUACAUAGAGCCUGAGGAUUUCGCAAGAAUCAUCUUGGAGACCGCGAAGCACAAGUUAUCUGAUCACUUGUUGGACAAUUUAACCACAUUGUGUAACGUUUCUACUAGCAGUAGGAUUUCGUAUGCCAAUGUUCGGGCUUUCCAGAACAUGAUAACGGAGAUGGACUUGGUGGAGCUUAUUAUCCGCAAGGCUUGCCAGAAGAGCGCUGAUGGGAAGAUCACAAGAACCGAAUUCUUGAACGAGGCCGCCAAGGUCACCAGGUUCUCUUUAUUCACCCCCAUGGAAGCAGACAUUCUCUUCCACUUUGCCAGCCUCGACGAACCAUCAGGCCGGUUAAGUCUCACAGAUUUCGCAAAGGUCCUAGAUCCCUCGUGGAGAUACCGCGGCGUCUCAGAAAAACAAGAGGAUCUAGGAAAGGCCAAGUCUGCAACACAGGGCGUUCUCGUUCGGGUUGUUGAAUCGGCCUAUAACUUCGUAUUGGGAAGUGUAGCAGGUGCCUUUGGCGCUUUCAUGGUGUAUCCUAUCGACUUGGUCAAGACACGAAUGCAAAACCAGCGAGGUGCCGAUCCCGGUCAGCGCCUCUACAAGAAUUCGGUCGAUUGUUUCAGGAAGGUUAUCGCGAAUGAAGGUGCCCGUGGCUUGUACUCAGGUGUCCUGCCCCAACUGGUCGGUGUUGCACCGGAAAAGGCCAUAAAGCUUACGGUGAAUGACCUUGUCCGCGGUUGGUUUACAGACCCUAAGAAUGGUCAUAUCCCGUGGGAAUAUGAAGUGUUGGCCGGUGGCAGUGCUGGCGCUUGUCAAGUUGUCUUUACCAAUCCUCUUGAGAUUGUGAAGAUUCGACUUCAAGUCCAGGGAGAAGUUGCGAAAGCUACCGAAGGUGCCCAGAAGCGUUCUGCCAUGUGGAUUGUUAAGAACUUGGGUCUUGCAGGUCUCUACAAGGGUGCCUCGGCUUGCUUGCUCCGCGACGUUCCUUUCUCAGCUAUCUACUUCCCCACAUACAGUCAUCUCAAGAAGGAUCUCUUCGGAGAGUCCAAAACCAAGAAGCUUGGUGUCGUCCAACUUCUCACGGCCGGUGCCAUAGCCGGUAUGCCUGCCGCAUAUCUUACUACCCCGUGUGAUGUGAUCAAGACACGUCUGCAGGUUGAGGCGCGUAAGGGUGAUACGAGUUACACGGGCCUUCGACAUGCUGCAACUACCAUUAUGAAGGAAGAAGGUUUCCGAGCCUUCUUCAAGGGUGGCCCAGCCCGUAUCCUUCGAUCGUCUCCACAGUUUGGCUUCACCCUUGCAGCGUACGAAGUUCUUCAGAGCGUCUUGCCGUUCCCUGGCAAGGCAAAGCAGGAGCAGGUUCACACCGGCCUCGCGGACGUCGUUGACACAAUCAAGGAGAGAGACGUUACCUCACCUCACGCUCGUAGCCGAAAUGCUCUCAAGAUGAUCCUCGAUCUUGAUGAGAAUUUCGGCCGCGUCAAACUUCCGGACCACCAGACCUGGAAGACAUUGCCGAAAUUCCUCGGCGGUGGAAAGCCCUGAUGUUACAUUAGAGAGAACCCUACCUAGUUCUCAUUCCCUUUCGUCCUCAUUUCUUUCAAGACAUUUGCAUAAAAAUGGCGUUCGCGACCCUUGGCUUAGGGAUAUUUUGCUUGCGUUUUACUUUUUUUCUAAGGCGAUCAGAAAAAAGUUGAUGGUCAUAGCCAUAUAUGGCGUCUUGUGUAACUAGCUAAGAUCGGAAGAUCACGAAUGAAUGAUCUUCAG